UGUAAGAUAUAUGGUUUCUGAACUAAAUGAAGAGCUUGUUGAUGCCACUAUCAUAUUCUGCGAUGCAUUUGAAGGUUCAAUGGACAUUAUUCAGAAUUACAACCGUUAUGGUUUCAAUGUGACAGAUGAGGCUUGCUGUGGUUUAGGUGAAUAUAAAGGUUGGAUCAUGUGUGUUUCCCCUGAAAUGGCGUGCAGUAACGCCUCUAGCCACAUCUGGUGGGAUCAAUUCCAUCCGACUGAUGCUGUGAAUGCUAUCCUCGCUGACAACGUCUGGUCCAGCCUGCAUACACCUAUGUGUUACCCUAUGAACCUGCAAGACAUGUUAGCUCAAAGCACCAGAUAGGUUCAACUUAGAGACAAUUGUGAAUAUAUGGCCAUUGUAUAGAUAGUAUAUCAUUCUUUGUGUCUUUACAUGUAGCUUUGUUAUUUCUGCAAUGUCAACUUUUUCUGCUAAGUGCAUUCAGCUUGAGUAGUUUCUCUAA